AUCAGCUCUGACAUACACGAUCUUUGCUGUACGGUGCAUUAGCCGGACCCUGUCGGUGCUGCUGUCUGUGCUGCUGUCUGCUGCUCACAGACUGUCUGUCUCUAUCUGGACCAGCUGCUGAGGAGAACCGACCAUGGCUCCCAGAAUGAACAGGGUGUUUGUCAUCGGGGUGGGCAUGACAAAGUUUGAAAAGCCCGGAGCCAGAGGCAACUAUGAUUACCCUGAUAUGGCCAAGGAAGCAGGUCAAAAUGCUCUAGCAGAUGCAGGAGUCCCAUAUUCUGCCAUUGAACAAGCCUGUGUAGGAUACGUCUAUGGGGACUCCACAUGUGGGCAGAGGGCCAUUUACCACAGCCUGGGCCUGACCGGGAUCCCCAUCAUCAACGUCAACAACAACUGCUCCACAGGCUCCACGGCUCUCUUUAUGGCACGGCAGUUGGUUCUGGGAGGUGUUGCUAACUGUGUCCUUGCCCUCGGGUUUGAGAAGAUGGAGAGGGGCUCUCUGUCCUCAAAGUAUGAGGACAGGACCAAUCCCAUGGACAAGCACAUGGAGGUGAUGAUCAACCGCUAUGGGAUAGUGGCAGCUCCAGCAGCACCACAGAUGUUUGGCAACGCUGGCAGGGAGCACAUGGAGAAAUAUGGCACAAAACCUGAACACUUUGCCAAAAUUGCCUGGAAAAACCACAAGCAUUCCACCAACAACCCGUAUUCCCAGUUCCGGGAUGAGUACAGUUUAGAGCAGGUGGUUGAAUCCAGGAAGGUGUUUGACUUCCUCACUCUGCUGCAGUGUUGCCCCACUUCAGAUGGUGCUGGAGCAGCUGUUUUGGCCAGCGAGGCCUUCGUCAGAAAACACCAUCUGGAGAACCAGGCAGUGGAGAUUGUGGCACAAGAGAUGGUGACAGACUUUGCCUCCACGUUUGAAGAAAACAGCUGCAUUAAGAUGGUGGGAUAUGAUAUGUCUCGGCUGGCUGCUAAAAAGUGUUAUGAAGCUGCAGGUCUUAAGCCAACUGACGUGGAUGUGGUCGAGCUGCACGACUGCUUCUCAGCCAAUGAGCUCAUCACGUAUGAGGCUCUGGGGCUGUGUCCAGAGGGUAAAGCAGGCGAGCUGAUUGACAGAGGAGACAACACGUACGGUGGCAAGUUUGUGAUCAACCCCAGCGGUGGUCUCAUCUCUAAAGGACAUCCUCUGGGAGCCACAGGUCUGGCACAAUGUGCAGAACUCUGCUGGCAGCUCCGAGGACAGGCUGGCAAGAGGCAGGUACCAGGGGCAAAGGUGGCUUUGCAACACAACAUUGGCUUAGGAGGAGCUGUAGUUGUUGCUCUCUACAAGAUGGGAUUCCCUCAGGAGGCCAGUUCCCACGUAGGUGCAGUCCCCACCAGCUCAGGCAGCAGUCUGGAGGGGUUCAAAGCUUACUCUGUCUUCAAAGAGAUCGAAAAUCAUCUACAUGAGGAAGGAGAGAAGCUUGUCAAGAAGAUUGGUGGAGUGUUUGCCUUUAAAGUGAAGGAUGGACCAGGUGGGAAAGAGGCGACUUGGAUUGUUGAUGUGAAAAAUGGCAAAGGUUCUGUCACAAAUGACCCAGGUCAAAAGGCAGACUGCACCUUAUCCAUGAGUGAUGAGGAUCUUCUGGACCUGAUGACGGGAAAGUUGAACGCACAAAUGGCGUUCUUUAAAGGGAAACUGAAGAUCGCUGGGAACAUGGGCAUGGCUAUGAAGCUGCAGAACCUCCAAAUCACACCAGGCAAGGCCAAGCUGUGAGAGCCAGAUCCAGCUUUUUGUCCUCUGAGCAACACUUGAAGGUCAAAUUUGUUGGAAAACUUAAUCCAUCCUGAUUUUUUACCAAUCAACGAGUUCACUGAAUACUUUGAUAAUGUGUGUCCAAUUGCUACUUUGAUAUCAGAGCUUGUUGUUUACAUAUGUAUUCACUAUGAAUGUAAUAUGUAUUAAUAGUUUUGUAUGUACAGAACUACUAAUAUCCAUGUUGUCCUUAUUGACCCUUCUGAUGUUUAAGUAUGAUUUAAUUUCUGAAACAUCAGUGAAUCUUUAGCAGCUGCUUGAUAUAAACGUCAGUGAAAAUGUGAAAAAUAUGAUUUGAUUAAUUAUGUUAAACACUCAACGUGCCUCUAAUUUCUGUCUAUAAAACUAAGCUAAUAGAUAGAUAAUAGAUCAUAGAUCUGGUAUAGAAUAUACUUCUGUAAAUGAUAGCAAUUGUAUAAUUUUUUAAAAAUAAACCUUACCUUACCUGACAA